CGUAUUUUUUGUUUCCUCUACAUCCAUAGUCCGUAGUUGCUAAGUAACCACUGCAGAGGCCAAAGGCUGCAUCACCGGAUACCAAAUGGAUUCUAAAAGUCUAAUUGCCUUAUCGUAGUGUAGAUAAACCAAAACGAGCAUUGAAAAUGAUGGAUGAGGGAACGGAGUUAUCACUGACAAUUGCGCAAAUUGUCCAGCGACUGAAAGCAACCCAUUUACACUCUCAAAUAGAGAGACAGGCCAAAGAGUGUUUGCAUAGACCCGAGAUACAAUUAGAAUCUCUAAAAGAGGACGUUCGUAAUUUUCUCAAAGCAUCAGGUUGGGAGAGAAAGCUACAGAAUGCAGUAUACAGAGAGUUGCACGUUCAGCCGCUCCCCAGCCACCCUGCAGCUCCCCCAGAGCACGCCAAGGAGCCUCUGGCGUACAUGCGCAAGGCCCAGGUAAACUGGGAGAAGCGUAUCCUCAAAAGCCUGAACAGCAUGUGCACAGAGCUGGGUGUACCCUUGGCUCGUAAGAGGCCAGCUGUGGAACAGAAGGAGUUGACCAACAAGUGGAACGAGAUGGGGACAGACGAACCAGAUCUAAGUCGUUUCAGGCCUGUCUAUGCUCCCAAAGACUUUCUGGAGGUGCUGAUCAGCCUACGGAACCCAAACCAUGACAGCAGUGAGGAGGCCAGCGCAAAGAGUCACUGGGGCCUCAUCCAGGUGCCCCUCCACGACAGAGACAUACCUCAGAUGAGAGAGGCCUAUUCAGAGUUGAGCCUGACCACGGGGCAGCUGGGUAUUGACGACCAUACACACGUACCCCCAGAUUUGUUUGAAAGCGAGCAUACUCGCAUCGGGAAGAAAGUGGUAAAUGAGCAAGACAGUGCAGCAGCCCAGCAGUACAGUAGACAGGGCUGUCCCACUGGCCUACGAGCUGACCUCUGGGCCCUCAUCCUCAACUCCACCAAUGAGCCUGAGGAUGUGAUGCAUUAUGAGCAGCUGAAGGCUGGAGUCAUACACCAUGACCUGCUGGUGGAUAACCUCAUCUACAAGGAUGUGAAACUGACUGCGAGUAAUGAUGACUACUACUUUGUGUUUGAAGAUUUCCUGUAUCAGGUCCUGCUAUGUUUCUCUCGAGACACUGCGGUCUUGGAGCACUUCAGCUACAACAGUGCCACUCCUCCCAAAUCCUACAUUCAAGGCAAGGUGGGAGUUGAGGAGUUUGCUGUGGUGUAUCCUCCAAAUGGUGUCAUCCCAUUCCAUGGUUUUUCAAUGUAUGUGGCCCCUCUGUGCUUCCUGUACAACGAGCCCUCCAAGCUGUACAGUGUGUUUAGGGAGAUGUACGUACGCUACUUCUUCAGGCUGCACUCUGUCUCUUCCUCCACCUCUGGUAUAGUGUCUCUGUGCCUACAGUUUGAGAGGCUGCUACAGACCCAUCUCCCCCAGCUAUUCUACCAUCUACGGGAGAUAGGCGCUCAGCCCUUGCGUAUUGCCUUUAAGUGGAUGGUGAGAGCGUUUUCUGGGUACCUUUCUACUGACCAGCUCCUCCUUCUGUGGGACCGAAUCCUGGGUUACGACUCACUGGAGAUUGUAGCAGUCCUAGCAGCGGCCGUCUUUGCCUUCCGGGCUGAGAACCUGAUGGAGGUGACAUCACUGACCUCAGCUGAAGCCGUCCUCGCCGACCUUUCAACUCUGAAGGUCAUGCCCCUCAUUCAGAUCUUCCUGUUCGCCACUGUCAUCUGAGGACCUGCGUGUUGUGUGUGUGUGACACGUGUGUGCGCGCGCACCGGAGGAGACUUGAGCAAUUGCCUGUGCUGUCAAGCUGUUCCCAUGCCAACGCCAGUGAUCGUCUGUCAGAGUCAGAGAUGCCAACCACACCUUAUAUGGAAUAUGAAAAGGCAAAAAAAAAGACCCCUGAAACCUUGUAUAUCCAUCCCACCAUAUUCCUUUCACUGUGUCAAAGCUGCAUGUCCCUCUGCAUGCACGCUACAGAAAUAGUUAUCACCAUGUAUCAUAUUAUUAGAUAUAUUAUACAGUAUGUAAGUAUAGCCCUCAGAUAAGCUAAGCAAAUCUUACCUCCUUAAGCUAUGCCCUCUAAGUAAGAUGAUAUAUAUGCCAAUGCUUGGGACCAGCUUGAUGAGUCUAUUGGAAGCUGGAUUGCAUGGAACAGUAUUGUAUUGGGUUGACAGUGUGAGAGAGGGAACCCACUGGCUAAAAACUGGUUGAAUCAAUGUUGUUUCCACGUCAUUUUAACAAAAACAAUUCAAUGUGAUGACAUUGAAUCAAAGUGGUAAACUGAUUGGAUUAGCAAAAAGUCAUCAACCUAAGGGAGUCGUAUUUUUUUCACCCAUUUUGUAACCUAAAUCCAAUGACAUUUUUGUUGAUUUCACGUUAGUUGACAACUCAACCAAAUGUAAAUCAAAACUAGGCAUUGAGAUUACGUCUGUGCCCAGUGGGAAGUAGUUGUAGCUGUCUACAGUGUGACCAUUGAUGUGUUAAGGAAACUCUGAUAAGUGUUCAGUGGGGUCUUAACAUUUUAUAUUUUCAUGAAGCGCUCCUUGCAAUAAUAAUCCUGUAUUAGACGCUAAUCAGAAGCUGCUCUGUGUCGGGUUCCUCAAGAAAAUGAUCUCAGUUAAUUCAUUAUCUAAGUCAUAAUUAAUAAGGCUUAAACUAAUAUUCUAAUGUUCAUUUUUUAAUAUGCAAGAUAUUAUCAUAAGAUAUGACUUGUGUAUAAGAUAUGCCAUUACAACACUGUUUUUGUCUCAGUAUUGUUUUUAUUGUUUUUGUUUUUAAUUGUGAAAAUGAUCAUUGAAGAACCUUUGUUUGAAUUGUUCUUUUAUGUAAUUAGUGUACAUUUUUUAUGGAUUUAAUUAAUUAUUGCGUUCACAUGCUAUAUUUUGUAUUUGUCUCGCCCUGUUAUUUGAUACCUGACCCAAUUUUGUUCCAUUUUGUGCCCAUUGUCAAAUGUAUGUGCCCAGAUUACAUAUUUUUUAUUUACAGUUUAAUUUCAGGAUUUUCUUACAUUUCACCCUACCCAAUGCGGUCAAUGUCUCUGAGAUCAGGGGACAUUAAUCAAUCAUAGCAUCAUAGCAUAGUUUUGUUUUUCAAUGCUCAUUACAUUAAAAUAAAGUAAUGAAACCUAUA